AUGGCUGAAGUAAGAUGGACAAACGACAAGAUGAUCUUCAAUGCUGAUGAGGCCCAUAACAUAGUUAAGGAGUGCAUAGAAAGUGUUUUAAGCAAGGCAGAUUACAAUCACAAUAAAGUCAACCAGUGGACUGCUGCUAUAGUGGAGCAGUCGCUGACGUAUCUGGUGAAACUUGAAAAAACAUACAAGUACAUAGUUACCUAUGCAGUGAUGCAGAGGAGUGGAGCUGGUCUUCACACAACAAGGUCGUGCUUCUGGGGCACAACUGAUGGAACCUGUGCAGUGAGAUGGGAAAACCAAACAAUGAACUGCAUUGUCAAUGUGUUUGCUGUUGCUAUUAUCCUGUAGCUGGCUGGAA